UUUUGAUUUUCGUUUUGUUCAGGCUGGAUUUACGAUUUUUAUUUGUUUUUAAUUUUAGAAUUUGUAUAUUAAUGUCAAGUUUUGAUCUGAAAGAAGUUCUAUCGCUAUAUCAAAUAUGCUAAAUAUUUAUCAAAAAAAUUUUAUAUGACUUCAAACUAAUUUAUCUCUAUGACAGAGUUAAAGAUUUCUUCUUUGAAUUUCACUAUUUUUGCCUUCUGACUGGACUGUUCUAAGUAAUAGUUGCUAUUGUCAAUCUCAUCACAAGUUAAACAAUGGCAAUUGCAAGACCUUUAGGAAUGGAAUUUGACCACAGUUGGCCAGAAAGUGCAGAAUGCCUGACAUUGGAUUUUGGGCCUUUUGAAACAGCACAUCGUUGGAGACGUAUGCCUGAAUGUGAUGAAUUUGUUGGUGCUAGGAGAAGCAAGCAUACAGUCAUUGCUUAUAAAGAUGCAGUAUUUGUAUUUGGUGGAGACAAUGGGAAGCACAUGUUGAAUGAUUUGUUAAGAUUUGAUGUGAAAGAUAAUUCUUGGGGCAGGGCAUUCACUACUGGGGUUCCACCAGCCCCUCGCUAUCAUCAUUCAGCUGUCAUCCAUGAAAACAGCAUGUUUGUUUUUGGUGGCUAUACUGGAGAUAUUCAUUCCAAUUCCAAUUUAACUAACAAAAAUGAUUUAUUUGAAUAUAAAUUCACAUCUGGACAGUGGGUGGAAUGGAAAUUUGAAGGAAAGAUGCCUGUUGCAAGAUCAGCUCAUGGUGCUGCUGUAUAUGAUGGAAAAUUAUGGAUCUUUGCUGGAUAUGAUGGAAAUGCAAGAUUGAAUGAUAUGUGGACAAUUUCCUUAUUAGGGGAAUCCAGGGUCUGGGAAGAAGUUCCUCAGUCUGGUGAUUGCCCUCCUACUUGCUGCAAUUUUCCUGUUGCUGUUGCUCGAGAUAGCAUGUUUGUUUUCUCUGGUCAGAGUGGAGCAAAAAUAACAAAUAGUCUUUUUCAGUUUCAUUUCAAAGAAAGAUAUUGGACUAGAAUUUCAACAGAGCAUAUUUUGCGGGGUGCACCGCCUCCACCUACCAGGCGCUAUGGACAUACUAUGGUAGCAUUUGAUCGGCAUUUAUAUGUAUUUGGAGGAGCAGCUGAUAGUACUUUGCCAAAUGAUUUACACUGUUUUGAUUUAGAUUCACAAACCUGGUCUGUUAUUCAGCCAUCUGCUGAUAGUGAGAUACCAUCUGGUAGAUUGUUUCAUGCUGCUGCUGUGAUUGGGGAUGCUAUGUAUAUAUUUGGAGGAACUAUUGAUAAUAAUGUGAGAAGUGGUGAAAUAUAUAGAUUCCAGUUUUCUUGUUACCCUAAAUGUACACUACAUGAAGAUUUUGGUAGACUCUUGGAAAGUCAGCAAUUCUGUGAUGUUGAGUUUCUUGUUGGAUUGGAUGAAAAAUGUAUACCUGCACAUAUUGCAUUUGUGUCUGCGCGAUCUCAGUGGCUGCGUGGAAAAAUUCGUCAUGCUAGAGAAAAGCAAAGAGACAAGCAACUUCAAAGUACAAGUGAUUGUCAUAGAGAAAGGAGUUAUACUCCUAUACUCCAAGUGAAAUUGAAAGAUGCUGUUCCUGAAGCAUUUGAGCUUGUUCUCACUUAUAUUUACACAGAUCGUAUAGACCCAACUAAAAAAAAUGCUGAUCCCAUGAGUACUAAAGUUGUUUUACUUAUGAUGGAUGUUUAUAGACUUGCUGUACAAUUUCAUAUGAGACGUCUUGAACAGCUCUGUGUUCAGUAUUUAGAAAGUGCUAUCAAUCAUCGAAAUGUGUUAGUUGCUUUGCAAAAUGCCUCUGAUUUGAAGCUGGACUUUAUUAAAGAAUUCUGCCUUAAAUUCAUUGUGAAAGAAAACACUUAUAACAAAAUUGUUAUGAGUAAAGAGUUUGAAAUAAUUGCUCAGCCUUUAAUGGUAGAGAUUAUAAGACGUAAACAGAUGCCAUCUGUAAGAUCACUUCCUGAACCACAUUUUGACUCUGCUGGAACAACUUUGGAGCAAGAUAUGGAGCAGUAUCUUCUGUCUACUGGUAAAGAGUUCUGUGAUAUUAUUUUAAUGUUGGAUAACCAUCCAAUACCUGCGCACAAAGCCAUACUUGCUGGUCGUUGCAGUUACUUUGAAGCUAUGUUUCGUUCUUUCAUGCCCGAUAAUAAUAGAGUCACUAUAACUAUUGGUGAAACCAUACCUUCCCUUCAAUCUUUCAAUACUCUGCUUCAAUAUAUCUAUUAUGGUGAAGUUAACAUGCCUCCUGAAGACUCCUUAUAUCUAUUUUCAGCUCCAUAUUUUUAUGGGUUUACUAAUAACCGAUUACAAGCAUUUUGCAAACAAAAUUUAGAGAUGAAUGUUACAUUUGAAAAUGUUAUACAGAUUUUGGAAGCUGCUGACAAAAUACAAGCCUUUGACAUGAAAAAACAUGCAUUAAGUAUGAUAGUUCAUCAUUUUUCAAAGGUCGCUCGUCUUCCUCAUUUUCGUCUCUUAAGUCGAGAGCUGCUUCUGGAUAUUUUGGACUCACUUGCAGAUGAAAUGAGUGAUUCCAAACUAUGUCAAGAUAUGUCCUCAAUUAGUCUUUGUGCAGAUGGUUAAAGGAAAAAUGUGAUAAAUAUAGAUAUAUAUCCUACAAAAGCGCUACUUUAUAUUGGCAUUGCAAGUUGUAAGAAUAGAUAUUUUAAAUGCAUUUGAGAUUUUCCAAAAAAAUUUCUGGUAAUAAUUAAAGAAACUGUGUCAGGAGAUUCCUAGAACUUAAAAGAUUUCCUAUUUUGUAUUUUAUAUGUUUCUUAUCAUUGCAUUUUAUUUUUUACUCCUGUGUUCAGUUUUUAAUCUUCCCUGUUAUUUGUUUUCUUCAAAUUUUACAAAGCAUUUGCAAAUUUCUUUUUAUAAUGUAGUGUAUGAGCCAAUAGACAAUUUUACAAGGGCUGUUGCAACUCUACAAUUUCAAUGGAUGCACAUAUAGAUUUAGGAACAAAUUGUAACAAACAUGUUUUGAGUUUUAACUGUUUUCAUAAGUCACUACAAAGAAAUCCAUUGAUACAAAAUUAAGUAUCAUAUAAAUAGUCACUUAUGUAACAAAUUAAAAAUGUUUCAGUUUGCAUGGCAGAUUAUAGUUUCGAUUACAGUUUUCUAUAUUGAAUCCAAAAUCAUACAAUUGUAAUUGGUUCCUUAUUCUAUAAUUAUAUACAUAUACAUUCUGUACAUGAAUACCUUAAAGUAUUUACUACCUUACCUACCAGAAUGUAUACAUUACUUUAGUUUCACACUAAGUGAAGUGUAUUUUGUUAAGUAAUAGAGAUUGGCAUUUUGAAAAUUCCAUUCUUUCCAUAAUCAAGCACAUAGUUAUUCCCUGACUUUUUCAAGAAGGCAGCUGAAAUCUAAGAAUUAUUGAGUAUUCAGACAUCCAUUUUGAUAAAUUAAGCAAUAUUGGCACUAUUCUAUUAUUCCAGUUUGACCUGCUGUCUAUUUUGUAUUUUACCCCUUUUCAGUAAAUACAUUUUUCUGCUGAGUUCACAAGUCAGCUGACAAUUCAUAAAAUCUUAGAAAUAUCAAACUUUUUUCUAAUAGAAAGUAAUCAAAAAUCUAAUCUAUUAUAAUGUAGAUUUUGGAACUGUGUUACAAUUUAACUAGAGAAUAAUAAAUAUUUUCCAAAAAAUAUACAUAAAAUGAUUGAAUUUAUCAAUAAAAUAAUUUUUAAAAAUUAUUCAAUUUUUUUUUCUAAAAAUACAGGAUCAUAUAUAUAUAUAUAUUCUUUAACUAUUUUGGACCAUUCUUUUCUA